UUCCGUUUUGUUACUUGGCAACGGCUAACGCUAUGUAAGCCGUCUCGUGCGCUGGUUAGCUUCAACGCUAACGGAGCAGACACAAGCAGGUUACAAUGUUUGAUGCUGAUCAGGAUUUUGAUAAGCUGCUUGAUGAAGUUGAAAAAAAGUUUUGUUGCAACGUUUCUGUGGAGUCUUCAGAUCCGUCAAACUCCAGCCACACUCGGCGGAGUGUCAACGAUGGACAAGGCAAAAAUAGUAUAGCAAAACCAAAUCAACCUGAAAGUGACAUCUCUGAAGAUAUUGAUGCGCUUCUGGAAGAACUGCUAGAAGACAAAGACACUUAUUCCCCUCAGUCAAAGUCUCAACAGAAUCGCCCCAAAGAAACACAAGUAGAGAACAAGCUCUCAUUUCAAAUUGGGAGAAGAAAAUGUUGUCCUGUCUUUGUUGGCGGGAGCUCGGUCACAAAUGGAGUCGGAACAGCCACAUCUAAAAGGUCAUGUGACCAGCUGAGAUGUGUAUCUUGUGACUUCCGGGUGGUGAUGUUUGAUGACUGCGAGUGGGAUCAGUCCUGUGAUUAUCUGUUUCUCAGGAAGGGGGUAGGAGGCAUCCAAAAGAAACCUCCUCUGGACUUUCUUGAUGUGGAGGAGCAGCGGCUCCACUAAAACCUCCUCCCGGGUGACUGGGCUCCUCACCCAAUCUCUAAAGGAGCGCCCCGCCGCCCUGCAGCGGAAACUCAUUUCAGUCACUAGUAUCCAAGAUCUCAUCCUUUUGGUCGUCUAUCUGCCUGUUAAUCUCAGUAACUUUCUGAGCAAUCUGAGAAAUAAAUGCUGCAACAUUACAUUUACAUUUAUAUCAGUCAUAUACCUUUUUGACAGGAAAAAAAGAUGACAAAUGUCUUGUUUUAUUGGGCACAAAUGUAGCAAAAAAUGCAAAAAUAAAUCUAUUGUUCUGAUUCUACAGGGAUCCAUUUCAUCAGAUCCAUUUUUUGUUUGUUUGGCCAGCACAAGGCCAGCUCAGUGGCUUUGUGGUCAGAGUAGUGUCGCCCUGUAACUGGUAGGACUUGGGUUCAAACCCAGUCUGAGUCAUACCAAAGAAAACCUAAUUUCUCCCUGCUUGACACUCAGCAUUAAGGGGGGUUAAGCCCCCAAAUUGUACCCCACCAUAGCUGAGUCUGCAGCUCACCGCUCCCCAAGGGGAUGGGUCAAAUGCAGGGGGACCAAUUUCGCACACCUAAGUGUGUGACAGAAAGUGGGAUUUUACCUGAACUUGAUGCAUCAGGUAUUCAGGAUUAAAGGAGUUUUUUUUUGGCAGGUUGUAUCCAUCCAUGUUUUCUGUUUCCUCUUUAACGCUGUCCUAUUUUGGAGCAGAUUCAUACUUUAAAUGGAACAAACUCUCAGCACACUAGAUGUUUUACUUUAAAUGCACAACAGGCAUUCAUUUAAUGAAAGAAAAUCACUAAAUCACUUUCUCCUUUCCAUACAUGUGUGACAUCACAAAACCUCUCAAAAAACACCCAAACUACUGAAUUCUUCUGGUGCAGCAUGUGUAUCAAGGUGCUGAAUAAAAGAAAAGCAAAACUGCUGCAUUUCCAGAAAAAAGGUCAAAAGGAAGUUGUUGAAUUGAGAUAGCAGCUGUCCAAUGCUUCUCAGAGAGCAUGUCAUGCUUUUAAAGCAACCUGCCUGCAGGUCAGCUGUUCACACUGACCACACAUGAAACCCGGCGCCAUACUUUCCCAUGAACAUUUUCUCCAUAAGUGCACAGGUGGUUUUGUUACUUGGAGUUCAAGUCACUCUGAGACACUCUGCAGCACUCAGGCUGAUUUACUUGCCCUUCAUGUUGUCACGGAGGUGGAAGCAUCACACAAAGCCCCAGCCAUCCCAAACACCAAAGCUCAAACUCUGCUGCUCCGCUGAAGCAAAACUACCAAAUACAAGUGGAAACAAAUGUCUGUUGACCUGAUAAAGAAAACAAAUCUUUAAGGACAUUUAUGAGAAAAGCUCUUAAAAAAUAUAUUUUAUUUCAAGCUAUUGGACUGUAGGACAUGGGUAUUUAAAUGUGUGUGUUUUCUUACUAAUCAUGCAAUCAUCUACUUGUUCUCAAUAAUAAGUGUAGUCAUCUUGU